AGGGAAAGACAUUUCAUCACAUCCAAAACCAAUAACAACACAAAGAAAACGUAUACUGAUCUCUGCUCUAUAGGUUCAUAUACAUUUUUCUUUUGUAACCCUAAAAACAUGGCAAUACUCAGGAACAAAAACAUAACCUUUUCAUUGAUCUUGAUGUGUCUCAUUGUGGUGUCUCCAAUUGCUAAUGCUCAGCUUGGUGGUCUGGGUGGUGGGCUUGGUGGUCUUGGUAUGCUUCUUGGUGGGCUUACUAAUAUCUUUAAUAUUCAAGGCCUUCUCAUGUGCUCUGUCACUGGCACCGUCUCUACCAAUAACGCGACUGCCGUUCCUCCUUUUCCUAAUGCGGGAAUAGUGUUCCAGUGCACUGGGCAAAAUGUUUCAAGUACGACUACGAACGCUAAUGGAGUAUUCUCGAUUCCUACUAUUGGACUUCCCUUUUCGCCUUCAACACUCCUCUCCUCCGGUUGUAGGCUCGUCGUCACGACCCCUCUCACCGCCUGUAACGUCAGCCUCCCUGCGGCCGGACUCCUCAUGGCACCUUUAUCUCUAGUCGGAACCGCUGCCGGCGACGGCCUCAACAUCUUCAGCCUCGUCCCAGGUGCCUUUGGCCUCGUCGGUUAACUGAUUCCAAUCAACCGAGUAUGCUUUAUGUUUGAUCACGGUGUGUUUCCCAGUUUCUGUUUGUUUUAUGUUUUGUGGCAUGACCAAUAACGUUUGCUUGCGUAUGCAUGAAUAAGGUCUACAUAAUAAGGCGUAUGUGUUUAUCUUCAAAGUAUUGUUGUUGUAACUUCUUUUUAUCCAGUUCUUAAUUUGCAUGUAUAAUUGCUGUAACGAAAUGUAAUGAAAUGAUAUGAAAUAAAGUAACUUCCCUUUUAUAGAUA